UAGCGAUUUGACAUAACAAAUUUUAUUUUCAGUAUCCGGCGAUUUCAUAGGCCUAGCCCACAAGGAAAGUUUCUGUUUGAGGUUUAUCACCACGCCAACACCAGCAUUGACAACUUGCUGGAAAAGUAUAAACAUGUCAGAUGCUAUACACUCACAUUCCCUCAGUCAUGUAUUGAAGAAACUUCUUGCUGGAGGUGCUGCUGGCUGUUGUGCUAAAACUGCAGUAGCCCCUCUGGACAGAAUUAAGAUCUUGCUACAAGCGCACAACCACCAUUAUAAACAUUUAGGUGUAAUUUCCUCAUUACAACAAGUUAAAAACAAAGAAGGCUUCUUCAGCUUGUACAAGGGGAAUGGAGUUCAUAUGCUCAGGGUGUUUCCAUAUGCUGCGAUCCAAUUCACUUCAUUUGAUCUUUUCAAGAAGGGGUUAAGACAUAUAUACAGGGAUGGCAAUGUGCACCUGAUACGACUGACGUCUGGCUCUCUGGCAGGCUUGACGGCAGUACUGUUCACAUAUCCUCUAGACGUUGUGAGGGCCAGACUAGCAUUCCAGGUGUCAGGAGAGCAUAUCUACACGGGUCUGGUGGAUGCCUUCCGCUCCAUUACAUUUCAUGAGGGUGGUAUUCCAGCCCUGUAUCGAGGCAUGGUACCCACACUACUUGGCAUGGUGCCCUAUGCUGGAAUAUCAUUCUACAGUUUUGAGACAUUGAAAGAAUUAUGUUUGAAGUAUUUUCCUCAGCACUUUGCCCGCUCUAGCAACAAUAAUUCAGAUGCACUGGUACUGAUUACACCAGCCAAAAUUAUUUGUGGAGGGUUUGCUGGAGCUAUAGGACAAACAUUGGCGUACCCCCUUGAUGUCGUUAGGAGGAGAGUCCAGUUGUCAAAAAUGCUGCCGGAGUCCCACAAGUACAGGAGGAGAUGGUACCAGAUACUAAUCAUGGUGUACAAAGAAGAUGGUGUGUUUCGAGGACUGUACCGAGGAAUGAGUAUAAACUAUAUGAGAGGUGUACCAAUGUAUGCUGUAUCAUUCUCGAUGAAUGAAACUUUGAAGGAGAAGCUUGGACUGGACACAAGCUCUUGACAGGAAGACAGUAUUAGAUAUUCCAUGUUUGUUCAAGCAGUGUAUUUUUGACUAAAACUUUUUUUAUGUAGCAAAAUUUAUAGUUAAAUAUUUGACAGUUUAUUGAUCUGAAGAAAGGUACAUGAUUCACGGCCAAUAUUAUUGAUAUCUGUGUCUUUACCAAGACCCAAGACAGGAUUUUAAGUUAAGCUAGAUGCCUGGAAAAACAUACAACAUAUUUUAUUUUAAAUAAAAAAUCUUUUACAAUUACGGUACUGUAUUGGUUAUAAAACUCCAAAUUAAAAAUCCCCAUAAAAUGAAUUCAUUUUGGGAUUUUGAAUUUAAUUUUCUAUCUAGUUCUCCUUUGUUGCACUUAGAUACUGGCCAGUCUAUGACGUGUGUGAUUUGUGCAUUGUGUAUUAUACCAGGCUGUAGUAAAUAUAUUUGUAUUUUGAUGCAUGUACUAUAGAGUUUGUGUCUGCUAAUACAGUACAUUUUUCUUCGAGACAGCAUUCAGACUGACACUCAGCAGCUAUGUACAGGCAGAAUUAAUCUUUCGUGUAUAAAUUUGUUAAGAUAAGUAACUCAGCAUUCAUUUCAUGGAACCCAGUCUCUCAGAAAUUCUGCAAGUAUUUCUGUUGGAAGGAACAUCUGAAAAAAAAAAAAUCUUUCAACAAAGAUACUACUGUAGCAGUACUUUCUGAUAUAGUAACAUUAUUAAUCCUUCCUAAAAGUGGGUCAAGACUGAACUGUACAUGUAUUAUCAAAAGUUUGAAUCAUUGAUCAUUUAUGAUCAUCAAAAAUGCUUAUUGAAGCAUCUGAAUAACAUUGAAAUA